AUGAUUCAACACAACAGUGCAGGAGACCACAGCAGACACUUCAACCUCAACAUACUGGCAGUUACAGUAUUUUUGAACGUACUGGUGAUCAUCUCCAUCUCUCACUUCAAGCAGCUCCACACUCCAACCAACCUGCUCCUCCUCUCUCUGGCUGUGUCAGAUCUCCUGGUGGGACUGAUUGUGAUACCAGUAACGACUGCAGCAUUAAUGGAAUCAUGCUGGAGUUUUGGGGAAUAUUUCUGUGUGUUUCAGAUCUACGUUACUUUAUUAUGUACUUCUUUAUCUCUGGGUAAUUUGGUCUUGAUAUCUAUUGACCGCUAUGUUGCUGUGUGUGAUCCCUUAUUGUACCACUCUAAAAUAACAAUAACAAGAAUUAUGUGUUGUAUAUCCAUCACCUGGUGUUUUUGUAUCAUAUACCGUGCUGCUAUUAUAAAAAACUUUGUAAAUGUACAGGUACCCAGUCGGUGUUUGAAUGAAUGUUUUAUUGUUGAAGGGUCAAUCUGGGUUAAUAUAAUUGACCUUGUUAUUACAAUGAUUGUCCCAUGCUCUAUUAUUUUAACACUUUAUUUGAAAAUCUUUGUGGUGGCCAGAUCACAGGCCAGAAAUGUAUUUUCUAAAGAGGCUGCCAGUGUGUCUGGUGUUAAAACUGUACGGGCAAAUAAGUCUGAGAGAAAAGCAACAAAAACUCUAGCCAUUGUUGUUGUCAACUAUUUCUGUUGUUGGAUUCCAUUUCUAUUUGUUUUCUUUUUUUCUUUUUUAAUUGUUAAUUUAUUAUCAGUUAUCAUCGGCUGUCUGCCUCUUGUUAAUUCCUUAAUUAAUCCAAUAAUUUAUGCUUUCUUUUAUCCAUGGUUCAAAGUGACGGCUAAACAUAUUUUAACUCUGAACUUAAGGCGUUCAUAGUACCAUUGUUUUCAUAUUACCUGUGUUUGCGAGGGAUGGGGGAAAAGUGUGACACCAAUCAGGCCCCCGAGGUCUGGAAUUGCCCUGCUCGAGUCUAGUGGCUCAAUUGGGGCGCAAACCUUCAACAAGUGCAGUAAAAUUUAAAUGUACAAUUUGCACGGUAUCAGAUCACGCCCAAGUAUAACUCAAUAGUGUAUUGUGUAAGUAGUUGAUGGUCAAAUGUAAGAAUAUGCAAUUAUGGGUAACACUUUAUAAUAGUGUUCAGUAAUAAACCAUUUCUGA